CCUACCUAGAUGGCCAUUGUUCGUGACUCACCACCAUCCUUGAUCAAUAUCCAACGACUCUGAGGCUUUCCCAAAACUUGAAGGUCAUAUUGACCAGCGUUCAGAACCAUGGCAAAAAAAGAAGCCGCAAGGCAAAGCAAUCUCAGCCAAGAAAUUGUCCAUGAUUCAAGCGACGAAGAGGAACAAGAAACACCCCAACCACAACCAAAAAAGAAAACGAAAACAGCUUCACAACCAAAUCUAGCUUCGCACUCGACGACAACUACAUCGAAUGACGACGAUGAUGAAGACACCGAAGAGUCAUCCUCGUCGCAAUCAAGUGCUGAAGAAGACGGUUCCGACGCCGAGUCAACCAGCAACAGCUCCUCAUCAUCAUCAAGAAGCAAGAAACGAUCUUCCGACACUAUCCCUGAAACUCCAGUGAAGAAGGCCAGAAAGACUGCAACAUCCUCGAACGUCAGAAUAGCGCCCAAGGCCUACAAGCCACCCACUGGCUACGAGGCUCUGACCCUGUCGGCGUCCGACUACACAUCAGAGGUAACUGGCCUUCUCGACAACCUGGACGGCAAGCAGGUCUGGCACAUUUCAGUUCCAGACUUUGUAUCCAUCGAAUCCGUCAAGAGCUUCGACAUGCAAGCCGUCAUGAGGGGCGAAAGUAUUCUCAGCAAGGACGGUGUCAGUUACAACCUGCACUCCAUGCCAUCCGCUCACGGCUACGAAACUCUCCUGAUGCCCCACGGAACGAAGUCGACGUACAAGCGUGCUGCGAUCAUUGAGAGGAAUUUCCAGCUCAGGGAAAUGGGUGACCAUGCCAUCGACACAAGCAACCAAAAAUCCAAAGCAUCCACAAACGGAGAGACCGCAACAAAAGACCAGGCCCCUGGUACGCCACUGGUAUUCACCGCCACAGAAACCGGAAAACCAAAAGCGAUUCGACAACAACCUCAAGGGUUAAAGAUGCGAUAUUUCCCCUACGGAUCCUCAGCAACACGCCAAGAGUCAGCGGAUGAGGACGUCGAGAUGACCAACACUUUCCAGGUCCCCGACGAGAUACCAGAACCUACGCCGAAGAAAAAGUCCAAGAAAUCAUCCAAGAACGAGUCUCAAAGAUCGAUGGACGGAGAGAAUGGAACAAACCCCGAAAAGAAGAAGAAAAAGAAGCACAAAUUGGUGGAUGCUGAUGUCUUAUGAAUGAUUUCGCACAAAGAAAAACGGCAAGUGUGCGGAUAGUAUGGAGUACCAUUAUUUCUACCUACCUACCUACCGACCUUACUCGGAGCGUUAUCAUCAGGGUCAUGGCAGAAAGUUGAGCGUGCCUAUAGUAUCUAGGAACUCUACUGGAAGCGUUAAACGUUGGAUAGAGUGCAUAAACCGGAU